AUGCUGCUUCCACAGACUGCCCUCCCCGACGACCCCAUCUUUUCUCGACUCCUGCAACUCGCCACCCACAGAGAUGGUGAGGUUAUUGUUGACGACCGCAGCCGUGGCACACAGUUUGGUUAUGGUCACAUCCUCCACGGCACCGUGAACCUCGUGCAGAAGCUACAAAGACUCCUCGACAGGUCCAUUCUGGAUAAUCGUGGCGGGUUUUAUAUCGCCGUCUUGGCUCCCAACAGCUAUGAAUUCAUUGUUGCGGUUCUCGCCGUUCUGGCUCUUGGUGGUGUCGCUGUACCAAUGCCGACGGGCGCGCUUCCAGCCGAAGCAGCGCAUAUCCUGCGGCAAUGCGAUGCGUGCUGUAUUCUUGUUGGCCCCGAGCAAGUCGACUUCUUCACCCGGGUGGAAGACGAGGUCAAAAUACCCUUUCUCUUCAUCAAGGGCCAAGUCAGCGAUUCCAAGAGCCUGGUGCCGGUUGCAUCCUAUACUCUGGAUCCAGCGGGCGCAGUGUCUGAAGAGUGUCCCAGCAUACUGUUCUUUACUUCGGGAACGAGCGGCCCUCCAAAGGGCGUUUUACACGCCCGUCGGACGGUCAGUAAGUAUGCUCGGCUGGAAGAAGCCGGGCCAAACGAUGAGCUUUGUAUCAUACCGAGGGGAGCGUUCUGGUCCGUCUAUUUCACCAAACUGUUCCAAAUGCUCCUCACGGGGGUCCGCGUCGAGAUUCACAAUUUCGGACGCAACUACGACCUUGUAUGGGAGAAGCUCCGUGACCGGACCGGCACCAGGAUUGUCUUGUCCCCAACUUUCUGGUACGGCAUGAUGCAGUUCUUCCAGAGACACAUCUCCAAGUUGCCCGAGCCCACGAUCAACGAGUACGUCCAGGGAGCUCGGCACCUUCGCGAUGCAUCCGCAACGGGAGCCAUGCCUUGUAGUCGUAUCAAAGAGUUUUGGAAAGACUUGCGCGGCGGAAGGCCGCUCAAGGUGCAGUACGGGUCUACGGAAACACAAGAGAUUUCUAUUUGCGACGAGGGAUCCGGCAUGACAGAGGUGAGACGUCUCGCAGAGUAUUCUGCGCUUUUCUGA